CCACCAGCCAAUUUUCUUUCCCAAAUGUCUUUCCGCCCAGGUUGAUUUCGUGGCCUCCCUUUUAUUUCUUUGCUGUUGUCGUUGUCGUUGUCGUUGUCAUCAUCACCAUGUUAUCAUUCAUCAACCUCUUAUUCGAAUACCCGGCCAAGGCUACCGGAGCCUCGAUCGAUGAGCUAAAGCUCAUUGCGUCAUUCCUCCUGUCCUAUCCUCUGGCCGGCUUGCUGAAGAGAAUCCCCGACGCCCAACCCUGGAAGAAGAAUGCCUUCAUCAUCGCCGUCUCCCUGUUCUAUAUCGUCGGGCUGUUUGACUUGUGGGAUGGCCUGCGCACGCUGUUCUACAGCUCCGCCGGAGUCUACCUGAUCGCCUACUAUAUCGACGGCUCGCUGAUGCCCUGGAUUGGCUUCGUUUUCUUGAUGGGGCACAUGAGUAUCAGCCACAUCUAUAGACAAAUGGUCAAUGAUAAUCAGGUGGUCGAUAUCACCGGCGCCCAGAUGGUGCUGGUCAUGAAACUUUCUUCAUUCUGUUGGAAUGUGCACGACGGUCGAUUGCCCCAGAGCCAGCUGUCGGAUCCGCAAAAGUAUGCCGCGAUCACCAAGUUCCCCAGCAUCCUGGACUACACGGGUUACGUGUUGUUCUUCCCGUCGCUCUUCGCCGGUCCGUCCUUCGAGUUUGUUGACUAUCGCCGCUGGAUCGACACCACUCUGUUCGAUAUACCCCCGGGCACUGACCCCUCGAAGGUGCCCCCGACCCGGAAGAAGCGCAAGAUUCCCCGUAGCGGAACCCCCGCUACCAAGAAGGCUCUAAUUGGACUGGGUUGGAUUUUCGCAUUCCUGCAGCUGGGAUCCUACUACAAUCAGGAGACGAUCCUGAGUAGCAGCUAUAUGCAAUAUUCCCUCAUCCGACGGGUCUGGAUCAUGCAUGUGGUCGGCAUGACCACCCGGAUGAAGUACUAUGGCGUCUGGGCUCUGACGGAAGGUGCCUGCAUCUUGUCCGGCAUGGGAUACAACGGCUUCGAUCCCACGUCCGGCAAGGUUUUUUGGAAUCGUUUGGAGAAUGUCGACCCGUGGAGUCUCGAAACUGCGCAAAACUCGCAUGCCUAUCUCGGCAGCUGGAACAAAAACACAAACCACUGGCUGCGCAACUACGUUUACCUGCGCGUGACCCCCAAGGGGAAGAAGCCAGGUUUCCGUGCCAGCCUGGCCACCUUUGGGACCAGCGCUUUCUGGCAUGGCUUCUACCCCGGGUACUACCUGACCUUUGUGCUGGGAUCUUUCAUCCAAACAGUUGCCAAGAACUUCCGUCGUUAUGUCCGUCCCUUCUUCCUCACCCCGGAUGGCAGCAAGCCCACUCCGUACAAGCGGUACUAUGACAUUGCGAGCUGGCUCGUGACCCAGAUCACCCUUUCCUUCACCGUGAUGCCCUUCAUCUUCCUCUCCUUUGGCACGUCGAUCAGCGUCUGGCAGAGUGUCUAUUUCUAUGGAAUCAUCGGUAACACCGCUGCCCUGGCCUUCUUCGCCAGCCCCGCCAAGGGUAUGAUCAUGCAGAAACUCAAGUCGCGCAACCGGCCUCACAUGACGCGGACAACCAGCUCGGACGCCCUGCAGCAGCCGACACUGGGUCUCCCCAGCGAUGCCGUGCAGGCCAUCGACGAGGCCGUUCAGGAGAUCAAGGCCGAGAUCGAAUCCCGCCGCAGACGCGGCAGUGUGGUCACCAUGCCGACGGGCGAGGACUUGAGAGCUGCAGUUGAAAGCAAGAUCGGUCGCAAGCUCUCUUGAUCAAGUGUGUGUCUUGUCUCGGAGCUGCGCCACGUCCCAGCAAUUAAAUAUACGGCCUUGGGCUGUGAAAUUGUGUUUUUGGAAUCCAAGCCGAGCUUGGCACGCACUGUACUUUAUCCGAUGAAUCCUCUCGGGUCGGAUGAAGAUUACUGCUGCGUGAUACGAUGAUAGAUUGAACCCAUGAUGACGUAUGUAUGUAUGUAUAUUAGACAUGUGCACGGCGUGUGCGUGCUUGGUUUCUCUCCUUUCGGGUUCCUGGUCCUGAUUAUUGUCUCUAUUACAUAUGCCGUUUCUGUUUAUCCUCUCUGGUCUUUCUCGUCGGUGGUUUAUUAGCCCGUUCAGCGAUGACGCGUGAGUAAUGGUAAGCGUAAUCUACAGUACUAGUCCUGUUGUUGUUGAUCAGCUCUCAGAGUAGCUUGACAUAGUCUAGUCUCUAGUAUCAUUGAACAA